AUGAAGCAACUGUACGUUGUGAUCAAGGACAUCAUCGAGAGCACUAAGGAAGCAUGGGAACUGAGACCGACGUCUUAUAAUGCGCUGAAGUCCCUACCUGAAAAUAGCUUUGUCGAUAUGGAUGAUGCAAAGGUUCUAGUCUUGAAUAAGGAGCAGAUUUUAGUAUUCCCAGGAGACCUGGUGUAUGCUGGUGUAGACUUCAAUGACGAAAACGUCCGGCUUCACUGCUGUGCAUUGAUCAAAAGCAUCGAGCAGAAGGAGGACACUCCUGAGGUUGAUGCAUUGGCACGCUAUCUGUGCGAGACCUGCCUGCUUAUGAGUGAGUCGAGGCGCCAUUUGGCAAACCAUAUCUUGACAGUCAAGAGUGUAGGUAGCCGCGACGAGGAAGAAGACGAUUAA